CCGUAACCGUCAUGAACAAAUGGUCCUGAUGGAGGAUAUUCAACAACCGUUUCAUGAACAAAGGGAAAGUGUGACGAGGCAACCCCUGACCUAGAUACUCCAAACCUGCGUAAUCCCAAAGAGCUCGCGCCACAGGGGACUCCAGGAACAAAUGCUCCAAAGUUUUGGACUCGGCCCAGCAAACUGGGCAACGAGGGUGUACUUGGAUCUUCCUCUCUACCAGAGCUUCAGUAGUAGGAAGGAGCCGAUUUAAGAUUUGCUAGAGGAAGACCCUUAGUUUCUGGGGAACUGGGGCCUCCCAGACGCGUAUCCAACUAGGCCUAUCGAUCCAACUGACCGAAGAACGCCACCGACCAUCCUUUUUAUCCAACUGGACUGCCAGAUGGUAAGCCGAUUUCACAGUGAAAAAUCCAUCCUGCGUGCCAUGCCAAAUAAGUCGAUCCUCAACAUUACCACGAGGAAGGGGAAUCUCCUUGAUGAUCCGACAGGUGGGGAGGUCAAACCAAAGGGCCAAGUCCGCGUCACACUAGGAACCCUCCUCCCCAUUGAUAACAGAAGCAACCCGCAAGUCCCCAUUAGCAGGCAACACACAGGGAUUAAACGUAGGAACCAGAGGAUGCAGGCCUGGGAUCCAACUACUCAGAAGUAGAGGGGCUGUUUGGCCAUUACCAAUUUGCCAACGAAGGCCCUGGCUCAACAGUUGGCGCCCAAACAAGAUACUUUGCCACCCCCAGGAGGGACGGGACCACGCCUUUGCCUCUAGGAAUCCACUCCUCGGAAAAUACUUCCCCUUAUACACCUGAGCUAUAAGCGGAUCAGGCUCGUUUAAGACGCCAUCCAAUUUUAGCCAAAAGUGUCUGAUUAAAGUGCUCAAAACGCCUAAAUCCCAUCCCACCCUCAUGCUUACUGCGGAACAUAUUCUGCCAAGACAUCCAUCUCACCUUAUCCUGGCCAUUCUCCACCCCCACCAAAAUCGAGCAACAUGUCUAUCCAAGAGCCGACGAAGUGAGAGGGGGAGCUUGAAGCAAGACAUAACAUGUAAGGGUAGGGCCAAGGCCACUGACUUGAUUAAAGUCUUCUUCGCUGCCCAUGACAAAGUGCGCUGCUUCCAGCCCUGUAACCGAGCUAGAAACUUCUCCUCCAUUUGAGUCAAUAAUAGUCUUUAAUGAAAAUACGAAUGCAUUGAUUAAUAUAAAACCUAAUCCCAUCCCCAGGUCGGAUAAAAGCUAGUUAAAUUAAUAGUGAGAUGAGAAAACAACAAUCCCAUUUCAAAUUUCAUGCCUACAGAUAGUUUUGCGGAGGGUUGUUUUUGGAAAGAAUUUUUUUCUCUUCUUUCUCCGCAAAAGUAAAGUCAAAAGUGUGCCCUGGAUAUUGAACGGGCCUCGGCCCACAAACAAAAAACCGCAGCAGUUGACGACUUGACGCAAAAGCUUCCCAUCGCAGUACCCUCACUGGUCGUCGACUCCUACCCAGCCGACUUCCAACAAUCGGUGUAGCGGCUCAUUUCCCGGUUGUAACACACGGUGGCUGAGGCGCUCCCGGUUGUUCACGCCGGACAAAUAUGUACCACGAAUCCGCCAUUAUCUCUACCACGAAUCCACCGAAGGAAUCUCAACCACGGCCUGGGACCGCCGCUCGCAUCCAUCCACGACGCCGAUCGUCUUCUUCAGCCUACUUUACAAACUUAAGUGUUGUGAUUUGUGGCACCGCUGCAAUUUCCAUAUUGUCAUUCAUCUUGAACUCUGUUUCUGAAUUUCCGGUCUGCUCUUAUUUGGGUCGUUCUUCAUUUCGCCUAUUCCUAUCUCCUUAUAAGCGCGUAUUUCAGUAUUUGGCAUGGAAGAGCGUGAAGGUAAGGUGGAAGUCCAAUUUAUAUUAUGGAACUUUUGCAUAUGAUUUUGUUAUUAAAGUGGGAAAGCGGAGUAAAGAUGCUAUCUUGGUUGGGGAAUUGUCAGUCCUUUUAUGUUCUCAUUGAUCAUGUAGAUAGUGACGUGAUGGAUAAGAGUUCAACUGAAUAGUGUUCAACAAGAUAUGUUGCUUCAAUUAUCUAAACAAAGAAGAUUGGAGUUCAGCGAUGGAAAAUGGAAUUGAGGAUGUGUUUCAGCAUUAUUCAGCCUUCAGUCAUUUGAUAUUCUUAAUUUAAGAUUAUGCAGAGUGUUCAACCAGAGAUUAUCCACGGUAUCCUUAAGUUAGAUCCUGUUGUGAAAACCUUUAAAGGUUAGAUACGAAAUCAGGACAUGGUAAUUUCUUUUUGUUCCAUUCUCUGUUGUAGGCUUAUUCACCCUUAAUUUGGUCGAAUUUGAUUUCAAAUUGCAUUAUUAUGAAGCUUCUGAAUUAGGGUAGUGGACAACAAAGCUUCAACCUACCUUUUUUGCAGAUAUUGCCCAAUUAGGCCAGUGCUAUUGAACUUGUAAGCUGUUUCACCUUGGAUGCAGAAAUAUAUUGUUCGAGUAGAUACUCAAUAGUUUCAUGAAAGGGUGUGGAAACUACCCCAAUUCAGAAGCUUCAUCAUAAUGACUUGAAACCAUUUGGCUAUAAGUGGCUUUAGCUGAUGGUGGGGUUUUAUUUAGCUCUUGGUAAUUCUGGCUACAUUAUGACUUAAGCUGAACGAUUAUUAGUGGUGUUGUUUCUUUGUAUCCCUUCAGUUUCUUUUGGUUUGGGAUUAGUUUGCUUCUGUUCUUUUCAUGGCCCCUGGCUUGACUUAAAUUGUUUGAUUUUUUUUGCAGCUGAGGGGUUUGGACUUGAAAUGUGUUUAGGUAUUGGCCAAGAAAACACAUACGUGGGGUAAUUAUUUCCUUUGUUUCUUAAUCAAUAAAAAUGAUGUCACCAUUAUAAAAAAAAACACAUACAUGGGGUAAGACAAGAUUAUGUAGUGUUGCUGGGUUUUUUCAUCCUUAUAGAUGCCUAAUGAUGACUGGAUUUUCCCUCUAUUUUUUUUCCUUCUUUUUAACUAUUUCUUUUUCCCCGAUGUAGUAGAUCAUUUCGGUAUUAAGUUCUGGUGUUCUUCUUUUCCAUAGUUAUUUGUGUGUUUUUCCUUCUUUUGGCUGAGCACAACAUUUGUGUGUGGAUUCAAAAAUGAAUUUUUGUCAACUUGGUUAGAUGUUUCUUUUUUCGCUUGAUUCCAUGGAGGAACAAAAUAGCAUUUCCAACAUAAAUUAACAAGAUAACUUUCUGCCAUUUUCUUGACUUUUCAUUUCAAUCGUUAGGUUUCCUUUAUAUAUAUAUAUAUCUUCUUGGUGCAUCUGUGAUUCAUUCCCUCUAUAAUUAUACUGUGUAGGCUUCAUUUUCAUAGUGCUUUGGAAGUUACAGGUUACAAGAGAUAGUUUGUUGAACUUUUGGAAUCUGGCUUUGUGAGUGUCAGAUCAUUGGAGUUGGUGGGUAUUGGUCAAUUUUGAGACCUUUCCCUGAAUUCAGCUUUGAAGAUCUUUGAAACCCGUGAUCAGUGUUACUAUAUUGGUGCGUUUUGAAGCUUUAGUUGCUUCACUCUAUAUGAAUGUGAAAAAGAGAAUGGUGGAGCAGCGUAUCUUUUAGCAAUUGAGGAUGAGCCAGGUAAAUUUAACUUUCAAGGAAGGUUGAACAUUGGAACUUACAUUAUCUCUAAAAAUCAGUACCUAAUUGAAUCUAUGCCAAGGCAUGGGGUUGUUCCAGUUUGGGAUACCCAACUUAUAACUCUACUGCGUCUAACUUAGCUAUUGUUUGCACAUUUAUUUAUGAUGUUAAUAUAAUCUGUUUUGCUUGCUAAAAUGAGUUUGAAUGUAGCGUGAUUUUUGAAAUACUUUCAAUCUUUAACCCCUUGCAUUCCGAUGCACUGAUAUAGGUUGACGAUGCAGAAAGUUGAAUUAAUUUGAUAGAAGAGAUGGACUCGAUAUAUUCUGCACUUCUUGAAGAGGGUGGGAUCGCAGCUUCCAGCCAUCGCUGCCAUAUUCAAUUGUUAAAGGAAUCGCCAAACUUGAUGCUUCCUGCGCAGUCGGUAGCUGGAUUCUCCGGGUCCCUUCUUCAACACCAUGCACUGUAAUUUCUGGUGCCGCAUUGUAUUGGUUUUUUUCACAACUUUGAUGCAUUUUCAGUAUUCUUUUCUUGCUAUCACACUCCUCAGAACACACUCUUUGGUUUGUUGUUUGUAUUAGCUCUAUUUCAAUUUGCUACUGGUCACAGCAACAAGGUUCAUUGCAAGCUUCUCUAUCCGCAACUCAGCUCUCCUGCUCUGAUACAGACAACUUUUUUGAAUCUAAUAAGCUAGGGAAGUGUGACUUGGCCCUGUCUUUUAUUUCUCUCAUCUAUAUACAAGAACUUAAUGUAUUACCGUUUCAGUAUGAGUGUACUUAUCGUUUUCUUUUGACUUUUAGCAAUCGUGUAUGACAUUUUUCAUGUUCCAUGUCCAAAAAAUUUCAUCAUUGAUUGAACAGUAGAGUCGGGUGGCCACAACAUUGACCACCUCCACAACAUCUGUCAAUCGAAAGUCAACUCUCAAGGAUAUUAAACUUCAUUCCGUCCAGGACCUUUAUGUUAAUGAUAAACUUCCAUGGCUUAUCAAUUAAAAAUGUAUCAGGGGAGUUUGAUCCACCCUCUAUUAGGUUCCUUUUUGUUUUCAACUUCAUGGUUUGUGUUGUGUUCUGUGUUUGUUAGCGUCUACCCUCUCUAUAUCUAGAACAGAGUGCUGCAAGCUGUUUAGUGGCAGUGGAGGUUUUUAGGGUAUAAGAUUAGAUAAUGGUGUAGAUCUUUCAAUAUUUGCAGCCGAGUCUAAUGCAAUUUCAUUCCAUGUUUCAACUUGCAAAACAUACAGCAAAAAAUUGAGAGGAGUGAAUAGAUAGUGAAUGUGAUAACAGUGUGCAUGACAUACCUGCAUUCGGUUUUUACUACAUUCAAGCCACCCCUUCCUUGAACAUCGGUAGGGCUAAGACAGUUUCCUUUUCCACGUCCAAAAUUUUUCAUCAUUGAACAGUAGAGUCGGCCAGCCAAGAGGGCUAUGACAGUUUCCUACAUCAAAAUACUGCAUCCUUUGUGUCUCCACUGUAGGGUCUGAAAUCAAACCUCUAGCAGACCCCUUUCCAUUUUCAGGAGUGAUUUUCCAAUCAACAAGGUCUGGAAAUACAACAUUUGGAGUUACAAUUCCAGAUUAUGCUAACAGAAUUCAAUAUCAAAGACUUCGUCCCAUGAAUUCAGCAUCCUAGAAAUUGAUGACCGUCAAUCGAACAAGGCAAGCAUUGAAUCUGCUGCUGCUGCUGUCCAGGUAGGUCACUAAGCUUAACUGAACCAUUACUUUUUGUUGUUGGAAUGGUUAUUGUUGUUUUACAUGGAAUGCAAACUACCAAGUCCCUUUACAUAUUAAAACUCUGAUGGAUGGAUCUGGUUACCUAAUGGCCAACAUGGUAAUAAUAGUGAUUAAAUAAUAUGAUUAACUGGAAUCCAAGUUAUCGAAAAUAAUAGUGAUUAAACAAUUAUUGGAAUUUUUGGGGUAUGAUCCAGUGAAGAGGAGAGGGGAACAUGCGCCAACAAUAGAGGGAGAGUCUCGGCGAGAGUGAUUGAUAGACUGGGUUAGUACCCCCUCCUCUUUUGUGUAGAUCUCUACUUUAAUGAUUGUCAAAUUCUGCAACAGAAGUAAAACCAGAGUGAAUGGUCGGAUUUGAGGUGAUUCAUCCGUUCUUUUAUUUUUAUUACAGACCUGGCGGCUGGCCAAAUAACAAUUAACCUUUCAGAACCAUCCUUUAAUGCAGCUUCCUCCUUUUCGGCCUUUGAAGUUGAUGGUGACUCAUGGUGGCUAUGAAUUAUGAUUGAAGUCAAUCAUUAAGGACUCACUCGACAACGCUCUAUUUUUAUGGGUAGAAUUCGCCAAUUGUUGGCCUACUUGGCAUUUCCGCUGAAACAGAGUUCGACUUUAGAGACAUACUGCUCGGCUAGCGAACAAAGCCGCUCACAGUAUGGCUCAUGCAAAAAUAAGAUGUAACAUUCCGGUUAUCUGGUUUGAUUGACCAUCGAUCUAUUUUUUGGAUCAAUUGAGAAAGGAUGAUGUAACAAGCUUAUUUCACAACUGGAUCAUAGUUCUCCUGAGUUAGGUUUAAAUCUAAGCGAAUUGUUGCACACCACUUGGAGCAAUGCACCAUGUCAGGAUCACAAUAGUUUGUUUUCUGAAAAUUCUGAAUAUUAAGAAAUUAAGUAAGAACAA